UUCAGCUGCAGUCAGUCGGUGUGCACGCGGCGCUCAGAGGGAGUACCCAGAGAAAAGUAGCUGGACUGAAGCAGACAAAAGGUUCCGGUGCAGGACCGAGGCAGGACGGCUCCUGCUUCCUGUCGUGGAGAUAUCUGGAGGGAGAGACGCUGCAGCUGUGCAUGUCCCAUCCGGAGGGCUUCAAACCCGGAGCGGAGGGUCGCACCGACUAUCACUGAGCCCCGACAGCCGCCAGGCAGCAGCCCGCCGCCGGCAUGACCCUCACACGGAGCUCCGUCCUCCUCCGCGCCGCCUUCAGCCUGCAGCUCCUGCUGCUCUCCGCCCGCAUCCAGGUCUCUUCAGCUUCAGGACACUUUGAGCUUCAGAUCUUGUCGAUGCAGAACAUUAACGGGCAGCUGCAGACUGGCGCCUGCUGUGACGGACCCCGGGAUGCGACGGAUCGGCGAUGCACGGCUGACGAAUGCGACACCUACUUCCGGGUGUGUCUGAAGGAGUACCAGCUGAAGGUUUCCUCGGCCGGGCCCUGCAGCUUCGGCAUCGCCACCACGCCUGUGCUCGGUGGGAAUACCUUUUCUUUACGCAAUGCCAAGAGUGACAAAGACAGGAUUGUGUUGCCGUUCAGCUUCGCGUGGCCGCGGUCGUACACGUUGAUCGUGGAAGCCUUGGACUUCAACAACGACUCGUCCUCCAGCAGCGUCGGCGGGGCGGUGAUCGAGAGGGCCGUCCACUCAGGGAUGAUCAACCCGAGCCGUCAGUGGCAGAGCCUGAAGCACAACGGCCCCGUGGCUCAGUUCCACUUCCAGGUCCGCCUCAGCUGCGACGAGCACUAUUACGGCUUCGGCUGCAACAAGUUCUGCCGCCCGCGGGACGAGUUCUUCGGCCACUACGAGUGUGACCACAACGGCAACAAGACGUGCCUGGAGGGCUGGUCCAGUCCAGACUGCAACACUGCGAUCUGCAGGCAGGGCUGCAGCACCGAACACGGAGUCUGUAAACUUCCUGGAGAGUGCAAGUGUCUGUAUGGCUGGCAGGGCGAGUACUGUGAUCAGUGUAUCCCUCAUCCCGGCUGUGUUCACGGCAGCUGUGUGGAGCCCUGGCAGUGUCUCUGUGACACCAACUAUGGAGGACAGCUGUGUGACAAAGAUCUGAACACGUGUGGGACGCUGCAGCCGUGUUUGAACGGAGGAACCUGCAGCAACACGGGACCAGACAAAUACCACUGCUCCUGUCCCGAAGGCUUCUCUGGGGUCAACUGUCAGAGAGCGGACCACGCCUGUCUGUCCAGCCCCUGUCUGAAUGGAGGAAGCUGUGUUGAGACCAGUCAGGGUUUCGAGUGUCGCUGCUCCCCCGGCUGGACCGGACCCUCCUGCUCCCUCAAUGUGGACGAGUGUCUGGUGAACCCCUGCAGUCACGGAGGAACCUGUCAGGACAUGGUUAACGGCUUCAGGUGUACCUGUCCUCCUCAGUGGACGGGGAAGACCUGCCUCAUCGAUGCCAACGAGUGUGAUGACAGCCCCUGCGUCAACGCCAACUCCUGCCGAAACCUGAUUGGCGGAUACUUCUGCGAGUGCGUCCCUGGUUGGACGGGUCAGAACUGUGACACCAAUAUCAACGACUGUCGAGGUCAGUGUCAGAACGGAGCGACAUGCAAGGACCUGGUGAACGGUUAUCAGUGUGUGUGCGCUCCAGGUUUUGGCGGCGAACACUGUGAGACGGACGUGGACGAGUGCACCAGCGGGCCGUGCCUCAACGGUGGCCGCUGCCACGAUGAAGUGAACGGCUUCCACUGCCUGUGUCCACCUGGUUUCUCUGGAAGUCGCUGUCAGCUGGACAUCGAUUACUGCCUCCACAGUCCAUGUCUGAACGGCGGCCGAUGCUUCAACCUGGCGUCCGACUACGUCUGUAAAUGUCCCGAAGACUUCGAGGGCAAGAACUGCUCUCACCUGAAGGACCACUGCCGCACCACACCCUGCAAAGUGAUUGACAGCUGCACAGUGGCGGUGGCGUCCAAUAGCACAGCGGGCGGGGUGCGUUUGAUUUCAUCCAAUGUCUGCGGCCCUCAUGGGCGAUGUCGCAGUCAGGCUGGUGGGCAGUUCAGCUGCGAGUGUGAGGAGGGAUUCACCGGGACAUACUGCCACGAGAAUAUAAACGACUGUGAGAGCGCCCCCUGUCUGAAUGGAGGAACCUGCAUUGAUAAAGUCAGUCAGUAUCAGUGUAUCUGUGCCGACGGCUGGGACGGACCCACCUGCCAGAACAACGUCGAUGACUGCAGCUCUUCUCCCUGUCAGAACCGCGGCGUCUGUCGAGAUCUGGUCAACGAUUUCUACUGCGAGUGUAACAACGGCUGGAAGGGAAAGACCUGCCACUCCAGAGAGAGUCAGUGCGACGAGGCGACCUGUAACAACGGAGGAACCUGCUACGACGAGGGCAACACCUUCAAGUGUCUGUGUGCCGCUGGCUGGGAUGGCGCCACCUGUAACAUUGCGAAGAACAGCAGCUGUCUGCCGAGUCCCUGUGAGAACGGAGGAACCUGUGUGGUGGACGGAGACUCCUUCAGCUGCGUCUGUAAGGAGGGCUGGGAGGGCGCCACCUGCAGCCACAAUGCCAACGACUGCAGUCCUCAUCCCUGUUACAACAGCGGGACCUGUGUGGAUGGAGACAACUGGUAUCGGUGUGAAUGUGCUCCGGGGUUCGCCGGCCCAGACUGCAGGAUCAACAUCAACGAGUGCCAGUCGUCUCCCUGCUCAUUCGGCUCCACCUGCGUGGAUGAAAUCAACGGCUACCGCUGCGUCUGUCCACCAGGAAGAACCGGCCCCCGCUGCCAGGAAGCGUCGGGGAGGCCCUGUGUGGUCGGAGGGCUGGUGGCUCUGGAUGGAAGCAGAUGGGACGAAGACUGCAACACCUGCCACUGUCACAACGGCAGGAUCACCUGCACGAAGCUGUGGUGUGGACCUAAAGCCUGCAGCCUCCACAGUAAGCCUCGCAGCGCCGACUGUCCGGCCGGUCAGACCUGCUUUGCGGUGCGAGACGAACGCUGCUUCGUGAAGCCCUGCUCCAGCCAGGGGGAGUGCUGGAGCCCCACCCACCAGGUCCCGCCCACAGCCAGGUGCCACUCAGAGAGCAGCUGCGCCAACGUCACCUUCACCUUCAACAAGGACAUCAUGGCAACGGGUGUGACGGUGGAGCAGGUUUGUCGUGAGCUCAGGAGCCUCUACGUCGUCAAGAAUCUGUCCUCCGACUCCUCCGUCUCCAUGACCUGCGAGCCUUCACUCAGCGCCAACAACGAGAUCCACGUAGCCAUCUCGACAGACGACCAGAGGAGAGGUCUGACCUUUGUCAAGGAUAUCACAGACAGGAUCAUGGAUCUGGUCAGCAAGAGGAGCGCCAACAGCACCAUCAUCAGCGCCAUCGCAGAGGUUCGGAUCCAGAGACGACAGAGCCACAACCCCAACGCAGACCACCUCGUGCCCCUGCUGGUUUCUGUGGUCAUCGUUGUCUGGGUGUUGGCGAUCGCCUCGAUGUUGCUGUGGUGCGUGAGGAGGCGGAGGAAGCAAAGUGCCCACACUGGGGUCAGCACGCAGUCGGCAGCGUCUUUGGCACCAGCAACCGAGGACAACAACGCCCUCCACAACAGCGUCAGUGCUGCCCGGGAGCAGCUCAACCACAUCAAGAACCCCAUUGAGAAAAACCCCCCCAACCAGCACCACCAACACCACCACCACCUUCUCCAUCACCACCUCUGUGAGGACAAGAACGCCGUAAACGCCAAGAUCCGGAAGUCGGACACUGGAAGCCAAUCAGAUGAGGAUGAGAUGGACAAGAGGCUACAGAAGGCGAGGUUCCCCCGGGCACCGCCGGCGUACUCGCUGGUAGACUGGGAGGAACGACCCCCCCACUGUACAACAGGCAAACCCCCACACUGGACUAGCAAACAGGACAACAGGCAGCUGCAGACACAGAGUGUUAACAGGAUGGAAUAUAUUGUAUAACCAGCGGGGUUCAGAAUGAACACAUGGUCCUCAGAGAUCAGACCCCCCCCCCCUCCAGUGGUGGAAGACUUCUGGUUCUUUUUUAUAUUCGUCUUUUGUUCAGGACUGAACGUCGAGAUGGAUGUUGCUGUUUAAUUUAUGACGCUGGUCUGAACGGUCCACUGCGGUUGGCUGGAUCUCCCAUUAUGUGGACGCCUUCGUAAAGGACAGAAUCUGGGUGUGCAGGAGCCUUGCUAAGAGACGUACAUGCACGACUGGUAUCUUUGAGUCAGUGCUUUGUUGCAACACAGCACUUGACCAGUUUGGAAAAAUAUUUAUUUUGUUUUUGGGGGGAAAAUUUGAGUCCAUAUGAAGAACCGUCCAUGUAGAAUGUUUCUGUAUAGAUGUGUAAAUAAUGUUUUAAUUAAUCAUUGUGCAAAUUUGAUUUAUUAACUUAAUCGUCAAGAGCCUUAAGAUAUUCCUUUUCUUUAAUUUAUGAAUUUUGUUUGGAGUUUGACAGCUUUGUAAACUCAAGACUUCUUAAUGAAUUUUUUUAUAUAUAUUUUAACGCUAAAAGUGUUCUUGAAAGAAUAGUUUUUUAGCCUUUUGGAUUCGGGCAUUUUUGUGCCUCAACUAAAUGUUUUGUACUUUGUCCGCCUGAUGCCGUUUUGUUGGUAUGUUUGCCAGGAUGUUCUGUUGUUAGUACUCUACAUGUAAAUGGAGAGGGUGGGGAGGGGGUGAAGGCUGGGUGGUUACAGACAGAUGUUGCUGCUGAGGGUCUUUUUUAUACACACCAGUCACCAGAGGAAAUGGUUGGCAUUGUACAUUUCCGCUAACAGCAGAUACGUUACAUUUGUACAAUAUUAUAUAAUGGAUAAAACCUGUUUCAACAUU